CGUCCCGUUACGCGUGUGCCACAAACUCUCGCGCGCCACUAGGAUACUGGCGUGUUACACAGCGGUGAACGCGGUCGUCCGAUUUUCGGCCAGUACCCCACGUCGCCGGCAUUAUCGCACAGGACCGCGCGAUCGCAGCUAACCCGCAGUGACGUUAUUGUCGGUUUAUCGCCUAUUGUACAACCGCGAGCGACUGCGGGCCGAACGAUGCUCAUGAUGAACGAUUUUGGGUCGAUGGGCCCGAGCAACAUGAUGCCGCCGUCGUUCAACCCGGCGAUGUGCCAGGGUCUAUUCGAACACCAGAUGCCCAAGCCUCGGCUCGCGUUCAAAAUGCCCCGCGUCGUGCCCGACCAAAAGAACAAGUUCCAGACGGACGACCUGUUCAAACGGCUGAGCCGCGAGAGCGACGUGAGUACACGCGCGCGCAUGGUGCCUAUCGUUAUACGAAUAAUGUUACGGUGUGCGUUUAUGAUCGGACGGUGCCCGGGUAAAAGGGAAUAAGUCCGUUUGCGCAGUUUUUUUUUUUUUUUUGUUUUGUUUUUUUAACAAAUAUUCUCGUAGACGAUUAUAAUUCGCAUCGAUUGGCGUUAAAAAAAAAAAAAAAAAUUAACCAUAAAAUAUACAUGCAACAAUACAAUUCGUUUCGUUUUUUUGUAAUGCCGAUCCACGCGAAUCGUAAUAAUCUACAAGAAUAUUUAAAUCGUAUAAAUGAACUUAUUCCUUUUUACGCGGGCGCCCGAUUUAUUCGGGACCGUCUGUUUAUCGGCCGGCCGCGACGCGUCUUUGGAAAUCUGGCGGUUUUCCCGGCGGACCGGUCCAUAAUGUUAUCGCGAAAGCCGCGGCGGUUCACGGACGAAAAAAAAAUUGUAUCAUUACAAACGUCCCCGAACGGAAUCUAAAAUCGAAAAAGAGCGAGGCGAAUCGGCAAAACUCUUAACCUUUUUCUAUUUUUUUUUUAUUCUCCAGUUUUCACCAAAAAUACACGUGUUCGGGUGGUUUCCCGAAUCCGAAAAUGUGGUUUUCCUGAAAUUGGUCCGCUUGUGUGUCCGCGCAGUUUUAUUCUCGUGCGUUUUCGCACUUGCCGUUCUGUUUAAUCGUUUUGAGAUCCGAAACAUUUUUUCUUUUCACACACAAAUACGCCGUAGAGAAUUAUGAUCAGGUGUGCUUGGGUUAGAAAUAUGAAUGCUGAAUUAAAUAUCGACGCGCGAUAAUAUUGGGCAACGAUAGGUUUUUCGAAAAUUGAAAAAUACCUAUGCGCCGCAAACGGAUCUAAACACGCCCGCUACGAGAUAUUCGAAAUUGAUUAAAUACUUAUAAAAUUGGUUAAAUUUAUUUUCUUGCUGAAUUAUUAAAGAACCGCGGGGACGGCGUAGAUUGAAAUUUAGUUUUACAAUGAUUUCGAUUACUAAUACGGCGAUUUUGAUUGACAUCGCUGCGCGGGUCGUAUUUGCAGUGCAAUACUGGUUUUUUUUCAUUUUUCUCGACACGGCAUUCGACAAUUCCGCAUGUCCUCCGCACAAAUGUAACUGCAAACAAGCCAGUGCGUGCAUUUUCACUGUAAACCGGCGAACACGAUUAUAGUGUCGGUCGUGGAUCAGCAGGGUUAAUGCGAUGUACAUCGUUAUUUCUCGGAUCGGGCGACCCGAGGUACGCACGCGGGGACACGAAAACGAUUUCACGACAUUACAUGCAGCUAACCUGAUAUGCCUCUGGUAUAUUUGUCGGGCCAUAAUGUCAUGAUCGCGGUAUUUUAAAAAUCUACGGCGGCACAGUAAAAUUAUACGAAAUCGGCUGCACACCCACGGUCGCGGUCUCGGCGGUGUGACCGAUCGCGAAUUAUUUUUCGUUUCGUGCCGAAACCGGCCGUGUUCGCCGUUCAACGGUCCGCGCAUGUGACCUACCCACGCACCGGGGUUUCGGUUUGUUUCCCUCUCGUUUACAGCCGGACGCAUUUCGUAGUUAUUCGACAUUGUUAAUCGUACGAAUACUACUAGUAAACGGUGUCGUAUGAUAUAACCCACAUACGAUGUUAUAUUAUAGAGAUUUCUAGUUUAUUUUAUUUUAUUUUUUUAAUCCUAAACAAUUUUUUUUACAUCUCUAUAUAAUAUGGGUCUAUUUUAUAUUAUAUUAAUAAUAACUGUAAAAACUGACCGAGUUAUAUUUUAUUUCCUAACAUUAUUGUAUGGUAUAUUAUUAGAGUUUAGAAAAAAAAAAUAAUAUGUACGACCUACAGAUUUCAACGGCAGACCUGGUCAGAGGUCCGAUAAUAUGUCGAGUCAUUAAUCACAUAAUAGCCGACUAAGACCAUAUGUGGUCCAGUGGUCCCACGUGACACUUCCACGCACUAUAUAGUCGUAUCCCGAACAUAAUUUUACGACACCGACCGUAUAUUAGUGAUACAGUUUUACUGCACGUUUUGAGUUUUCCUGUUGGCACGUGUGCGUAGUAAUAAUAAUGAUAUUGCAGUGUUGAACUGUUAUACACAUGAAAUAAACGGUCGACAAAUAUGUAGUUUUGGCGGUUCGGGGGAAAGAAUAAAAGCGAUUCUUGAAAUUUAAUACGUAUUUAGCCGGUAUCUACGUACAAAGUUGGAAAAGUCACUGAAAAUGUCUGACUUGGGCAAUUUACGUUAUUAUCGAUACAAUUAGAUUUGAAAUUUUUGUUUUUAUAAAUUUACAACAUUUCCACUAUAGUAGCAAAAAUAUUUGAUAAUUUGAUACAAGGUUCGCCGUAAAUCGGCCGUUCACUGUUCUACUGUAAAAAUAUCGAAAACCCUCAGUUACGAUUUUCUUAUAAAUUUAAACAAAUUUCGUAUACAUUUCAAAUUUCGAUGAAAAUCAUAAAAAUCACGGCAUAAUGUCGCGUACUAUUUUCCGAUUUGUGUGAAUGCAAUUUUAUUGACCCGGCCAAAAACGUUCCACAAUUUUAGACGAAAACAUACGGAAAAAAUUGUAACUUUUAUGUUUAGUUACAAAUUAAUAAAACUUUCAAUUUAAGUUUAUCAAAACGUGAUUAACUGAAUUUCGUUUCGCGUCGUUUUUCGUUAGCAAUAAUAUUUUGUACAGACAUUCUGUAUACUACCUUUUCAACUUUCAACACAACAUUCCUCUAAGCGACGAUCAUGUAAAAAGCAUCAGUAAUGUACUGAUUGAUUUUUUUUUUAUGCUGCUAUAACCGUAGAAACCUGGUAGUUCAAACUAAAUUAUUGAAUCAAAUUUAUUGCAAACACUAGUAACGAUCACUGAUUUUUACUAAAGACUUUUUGUUCAAAAUAAUAAUAAUAAUAAUACUUAUUAGUUAUUAGUUUAUAAAAAAUAAUAAUAAUAGUAUAAAUCAUAAAGUUCAUAAAUCUUAUGACUAUCGAUUUUUAAAAAUAAUAGAUACCUAUAACACUAUCGAAAACCAAACAAAUAAUAUUUCAGGUUUCCAAAACUACGCCCGUUAGUUAUUAUUAGCUAUAGCCCCCCUUAGCCCCCAUUGGUUACGUUUCUGCACGCAUAGUAAUAUAAUAUAUUUCUAUAGUAGUUUAUUGCAAUACAGGGUGUCCCACGAAGAUAUACCUUUUGCAAUAUCGUCUGAGAUAAUAAAGAUAAUUAAAUUCUCUAUUUAAAAAAAAAAAAAAAUCGAAUUUGAUUAUCUUUAUAAUCUCCGGAGAGAUUGCAGCGGACAUAUCUUCGCAGGACAACUCCUAUGUACUUACAGCGUUAACGACUAAACCAUAAGUAAUACGCGAAUUCGAACGGUUAAUUAAUUUCAACACAAUACUAAUUCAAAUAUACACAUUUUCGUUUUAGGUGAGGUACACCAGCUACAGAGACAGACCGCACGAAGAGCGACAAAACCGUUUUCAAAUGGGUUGUCGGGAAGGGCACGUAGACAUUGUGAGUAGCAAAAUCGAUUCGCUAUUAUUAUGUUAAAAGCAAAUUUAUCGUACUUUUAUUAUAUACAUACAGGCUUUCGCCACUACGGGAACUAAUUUGCAACUCAUGUUUACUCCGAAUAUGCCGUCGAUGGCUUCUUAUCAUCAUCACCAGCCUACAAUUGGUUAUUGUGAUUUCGAAAAAGAACAAGGAAUGGUAAGAUUAUAGUUUUCAUUGCAGUUGUCGUUAGUUGUUAUAAUUAUUUUUUAGUUAACGCGUUAUUGUUCGCCAAUAACGUCAACACUAAACCGCGGAAAAAAUCGUAUAAUAUAAAUAUAACUUCAAACGUAUCCAUCUCUGCAGUCUUGUCAAACAAAACCUCUAAAAUAUGCAUGCACAAAUUAAUCAUUAUUUAUCAGGGUUUUUGCACCGUGAUUUCCGAUUUGUAUUUUAAAGUGGUUCUCGCUAAAAUAAUACAAUGCCGUCGAGUAUUGACAAAAUUAAUGUUAUAGUUGUUAAUACGCGUUGCCCCGUGUGAAUUCGGGAAAAAAAAAGGUUUACUUAUUUCCGCACGCGUAUACUUUAACAAUAAUAACACCUAGAUCAUAUUAUGAAAAAAUAAAGUAUACAAUUACAAAAUGUGAGAUUCGGUACUCGAUCCAAGCGUCGCGACCGAAUACGAUGUUCACGUUGAUUAUUAUUUUUAAAACGUAAUAAUGUGGCGCCCUUCGUUAUGUUAUUAUCGCGUAACAUACUAAUCAUAAUCCAAAUUUGUAUACAAAAUAUUAUUACAAUUGUUGAUGUUAUAAUAUUGGAACACCGACUAUGGAAUAUCAAUAAAAUGUUGUUUUGUGAGUUGGUUAAUGCAUCGUGUUUGUAUUACUUCUAUUAUCCGCAGUAUUUUAAAUAACGUAAAUUGAGUUGAUUAAUGAUUUGUACAAGAGAAACGUCCGAAUGUAAACCAUCCGAACAUUAAUAGAGAUUUAGUAGGGAUGAUAAUCCGUUUGACUUUUUAAUUUUUACAAAUUCUAUAGUUUUGUACAUUUGCAUUUGAUAAUCAUUAGCAGUAUGUUAUAUGAUACACACCUAUUAAUUAUUUAAAAUAAAAGGUAGUUACUAGAGUAUUUAGAAAACGCGCGCGCGAAUAAAUAAUAUUCGUACAUUCAUUAUGAGAAUAACGGAAAGAUUUUCAUUUUAUAUUUUUUUAAAAUUCCGUUCGUUAUUACAAUAAUAAAAUAUACAUAUAUAUAUAUAUAUAUGUGUAUCAUUGAAACUCUGUAAACAAAAUGGCGUCUUUUAUAAUCCCUCCCCUCUUCUCUAUAAUAACCCUCGUUUUCGAAAGCGUAGUGCGUAUUGAUCCGUUUUCCCCCUUUUCAAACUCUAUACUACUGCGACAGUGCAUUACAGUCUUUCGGCGAACUGUUCUUUCUAUGCGAAAAAACAAAUUAAAUUAAACGAAAUACAGAGCUCCGUCACUAGAAUCGAAUUUUUCCCCGGUUGACUUGACGCCGUUACAAUAUAUAUAUUUUUUUUAUAUAUAAUUGAUUUAAAUUAUGGUCGCCAACUUUGUAUUAUAUUUUAGUCUGUAUGGGUACUUAAAACCCUGCAAUUUCUGUAAAAACAUGAAACUUAACCAUAAAAAUAGCUGUGGAAGGGGUUGAGAGUCAAAACCCUAAAAUUACAUAAUAUCCUUAAUACGUACACCAUGCAUAUACAACAUUUAACCCUCCGAAAUUUAAUUUGAGGGUAGGGUCUGUAAGUAUGUAAAAAGCUAAAUAAACACCCCCUCUCGCAACAACAUGAUUAAAUUCUUAUUAGAAUUUAACCGAAAUCGCACACUUCAAACCGCCUAUAAAACAACUCUAAUUUUCGAGUUUGAGCUAAAUUGGUCCUGGGAGUGUUGCUAAAAGUGUCUAAAAAUUGCAGGGGAAAUAUAAAAAAAACACAAUAUAUGGGUAAUUUAUCAAGGAAAAUUUUACAAAAACAUAAUUACUAUCACAUUAUUUAAAAUAAAUUCAUGACGUACUGAUGAUUUAUUUUUACUAUAUUUUAUUUCAUAUCAUAGGUCUAGGUUUUUAUAGGUAAUAAUAUUUCAUUUAAUAUAUCAUAUACCUGUAGGUAUACUAGCUAUCUCGCAUAGUGUUGACCGAACACAAUUCAAUCGAACAAAAAAAAAGAAAAAGAAAGACGAUAUUGAGGAAGAUGACUCUAACAGAUGCCACUGUUGUGUAGGUGUGAAGUUGAAGAGAUGGGAUACAUAGAGUAAUUUAAUUGAAGUAAAAUCAACAAAAAAACAUUUUUCUUUCCUAAAAUACCAACAUUUCCGUUAGACACCGUUUAAGGGUUGAAUCAGUGGCGUGUCCAGGAAUUCACAAUGGGAGGGGACAUAGCGAAUAAGAAUCAUGAAUAAAUCGUAAAAUCGUAUUCUCAACUCAACUCGAUUAAAUAGGAAUUCACUUCUUUCGUAACCUGACUGUCAUUUCGAUAUUAGAUUACUGAUAUUUUUUUGUAUUUUUAAGCCAAUGGAGAAGGGGGGUAUACGUAUAACCAUUAACAUCCCCCUGCACGCCACUGGAUUGAAUUACAGAAAUCCGGCUUCGCGGUGCACACGGACUCGUUCGUCCGGUUACUGUAUAGAACAAACCUCAGACACAGACAUUUCAUGUUAAUAUAGUGACAAAGAUAUUUUCUAUAAGAUACCUAAUAAGUAAUGUUAUUGCUGUUUCUAUGAAUUAAAAAAAAAUGUUUACAUUUUUCGAAGAAAUCAGUGUUAAUAAGCGUAUAUAUGUUUGCAGUUUGAUUGAAUAAUUAAAUUUAUAUAAACGAACUGCAGCUAGUUUUUACGUUAGUGACAUCCAGUGAAGCAUGUAUGCAUUUUUGGGUGGAUGGUUAUGCUUAUUAUAAUAAUUUUCCGGCGAGGGGAAUUUAAUAGAAUUCUAUUUUUUUUCAAAUUUUUUUUUACUACCCUUUUCUCUACAAUAACUAUAACUAAACUUUUACAAGUUAGAAACGCCGAGUGUAUAGGCAUAUAAGUUGUCCAGCUUUGCUCGACCGUGUAUUAUUAUAUGCCUAUAGUUAUUACAAUUAUCGCAGCGCGUGUUAUAGUAUAACUACGUGUCGUGUAACUAUACGGCUAUACCCUCGACGUUAUUACUAUUGUUAUACAGAUGUAUAAUUGAAAUUACCCGUGAAAAAGGUGUACCUACCUAUACCUGGCCGUUUAUAACAUACGUUUCUUUUUAUAUACGCACGUUUUUGACAGGCCUGACAAAUUCACUCUGAAGAGCUGACAAUACAACAUAAUAAUAAUAAUAGUACCCACCUAUGCCUAUACGCGGGGUUUCGAUUUCAGAUGUUUAUACGUGUAUACAUCUUCUCAUUUUUUUUUCCUACCCCCUCGUGAUGCAGUACACUCCGGAGGCGGCUUAAGUGUACACUCGUAUAAGUAUUUAUAUACAUAUAUACAUACUUGUUAUAUUGUUGCGACGGACCCGGUGAUGUUGCAGUAUAUAAAGCCAUUUUUUUUUUUUUUUAGUCUACUGGACACCGUAAAAAACACAUUUAUGCGUGUGUAAAAAAAAAAAAAAAAAAAAUGACCGUAUUAUAUAUAGCUGAUGUACAUAACUACGUAUACCGAUAGAAUUUGCACGCUGCAUUUAACAUAUGUUAAAUCAUUUUGUUUAGGUAUGAAAUAUACCCUACUGAUACAUGAAAAAAAAAAUUUUUUUUCAGAAGAUUUACAAUACAGCUAACUAUUUCACGUAUUCACGUAUUUUUGCACGGCUAAAACAUUUUUAAUCCACAUUAAACCAUUUAAAAUCUAAAAAUACUCUAAAUUAUCAAAUGCAUAAUAUACAUAACUCAAAAAUCAGAAUGAUUUGAUUAUUUUACCAUAUCUGAAAAAGCUAAUAUGAGUGACGAUAAAGCGUUGCAAACAAAAAACGAUUCUAAGCGGGGUUUUCGGAAAAAUUUUUUUUCAGUAAAUUUUAUUGAUUCGUAACUACAUAAUAAAUUAGACAGUUAUUCAUAUUUUUAAAAAACUUUAACAGACAUUCGAAUUUAAAACACUGAUAAAAUUACAACGUUUUUGAUCUACAUAAAACAAAAAGUAAAAAAAAAAGAUCUGAUACUGGGGACAGAUGCGGCCACUGUUAUAGACGGGCAGUUGGAAUACAUACAUUUAUUUUAUUUAUUCCUGUAAGCAACGAUAAACCAUGGCUAAUGAAAAACUAAUCUGAGCUAAGUUUAUAAGCAAAUAAAAGCAAUAAUAAAAAAAAAACCAUGCGUGUUUUCACAACGAAUGUUUGAAAAAAAAUGUAAAGAUCAAAAUAAUAAAAACUUUAUAAUAACAAAAAUAAAUAAAAACGGUUGCCAAUGACAACCUUAAUAAGCUUUGAACAGAUUUGAAAAGUAAAAUAUCGCAGUAUAAUUUAUUUUCGAACUCAACGGUCGACAAAUGAAAUGACCGCCGUCGUAAUCGUUGUACAGUACGUUAGGUAUAGUUAAACGUUUCCCCUAAUUAUGUUUUAUUAUUAUGUUAAUAUUAAUAUUCGAUUACGCCUUUUCGGUCCGUUGGCAGCGGUCAUUCGCCGAUUAUUAGUCGUGUCCGUCAUGAAGUUCCGAUUUACGUGCGAACGCGUGUGUUACGUAGGUAGGUACUGUUAUUAUUGUGAUUAUAUUUUAACAAUCGAAAUACCGGUAAACAAGUAUAUGUACAUGAAGAAAAAAAAAAUCACAUUCCCUCCGAAAUCGCAUUCAUUCACACGCCCAUCAGAAACGGUAACAAUUCGAUUAAAAAAUACACGUCGCGCGCGGUGUGCGCGGAAGAACUUCUCAGCUGGAGGUAAAAAAAAAAAAAAAAGGAGAGAAAAAAAAAACAAAAUUACAUUAUUAUUUGUACCCCAUUUAUUUACAUCACAACCCCGACUGAGGACUUGUGCAGUGUACCUUUUGCAGGCCAACACUCCCUUUAAACAUUAGUGACGUUUUGUUAGCGCAUUAGCAACUCUUUGACUAUAUCACAGCUUGAUGCCAAAAAAUGUUUUUAUUUUUCGUUUCGACACCUUUAUAUACGCGCACUUGCAAAAAUUCCCGAUUUUUCAAUUAUUCAAUUUUUUUUUCCGCUCUGCUCACGACCCUUGUUGAUAAGUUUAUUAAGAGACAUCUGUCUGCAGUUCGCCUAAAGCUGAUUUUACCACCCACCGUCAGAGGCGUAAACUGCAUUUAACCCUUUACACGUCCAAUGAUAAUUAACGACCCUUGACGCUGUAUAAAUGUACUGUUUAUAUAAUAUCUGUACGUGAAAAAAAAAACGCGAUUAUAAUCGCGUUCACAUACAAUUCUCUGUGUUUUGAUUAUAAAUCCAGUGUAAAAUGAAUAAAAUCGCAUUAGAAUAUUCUGUUUUUGGGUUUUAUUUGAUUCUAAAAAUGUCUCGAAGCCCGUCGCAAUUAAAAUUCUACGGCUCCCGUAUAUAUUGCAGGGUUCCUGACCGAACCUAACCAUCUUGAUUACUUUCUAAACCGAUCAUUUUUCUUCAAGACUACCGACACUCGGCAAUGGUCUUACGAUUAAUUACUAUUACAGUUUAGCGGUGGCUCGCCAGAUGAGGCUAUAGUAAAGCGUCGCCUCGUCUAAAACGUUUUGUUUACAAAUAAACAAAUCCACUUAAUUUUUUAUUGUUGCCAUAAUACCGUGUUUCGAAAUUGUAAUCGAUUUCCUUCGGGAAAUAUAAUUAGUCCGAUCGGUUUCAGAAAAAUGUGUAGGCGUACCGGCUGCGUCCGAGUUCCGUCUCAAAUAUACAAUUUCGUAUUUAAGCACACACUAGUCCCGUCCCGGGUAUCUAAAAUGGAUAUACCAAUUUCGUUCCGUGUUAUUUAUUUAGUUAGACAAGUUACGUCCCGUGUAAUUUAUUUAGUCACACGAGUUCCGUCCCUUUUUACAUUUUCUACGCUAUGUAUAAAUAUAGUAUACAAUUUACGACCACGGUCACAAUUUUUUAUAUUAUUUAGAAAUAAAGAUAAUAUCGCUUUCAGUUAUCGCACUAAAUAAUCGAAUUUAUAUACAUUAAUAUUUUAAUAUUAUUUGAAUUUUAACUGUAUUUUACCAUUGAUAAGAAAAAUGUCUGUUUGAAUUAUUAUUUUUUAUAUCAUACAAAUUUAAUUCAAUAACAAAUUUUUAUUUAAGAAAGUAUAUGCUACGUUUGGAAUUUUUUUUUAUUCAACAUUUAUGUAUUUUAAAAAUUAUAAGAAUAUUUUUAAUCGGGACGGAACUGAUAUCAUACAUUUUUUUUCACCCGGAAUUGGUAUAAAAAAAGGUUAUUUGAACGAAACUCAGAUGCAGCCGGUAUGCCUACUGAAUAUUUUCAAAUUUUCAAAAUAAUUACCCGUAUAAAUUGAAGCCUAAAAUCAACAAAUAAUCACCGACGAUAACAGCACAUAGUUUUCUAUUUCUGAUAGUAUACUCGUAUAUUAUAUUAACACCUUGUAAUUUUCAAACUGUUUACUUUGCUACUUACAAAUUUCAGCCGUAAUUGAUAAUAAUUUCAGUUGCGCUGCGUACUCGAUAAUAUUCGUGUUUUUUUUUUCGCGUGAACAGACAGCCGACCGCGUCCGCGUCAAUGAAUUUCCGUUUCGAUAAUAUCAUAUAGAUUUGAAAUAUUAUUUUUGUACCCUGUAUACCUUAUAUCUUAUUAUUGUUGAAACCGAUACGGACAACAAUAUAAUAUCCGACUAGAGUGCGGACGACGGCGUCUGCGCGACACGAUGGACAUUCGCACGCACGUUUUUAGGUUGUUUUUUUUUUUUUUUGUGCUCUCGACACCCGACGUAUACGUAUAAUAAUAAUAAUAAUAAUUAUUUUUUUUUUUUAUGCACGGCCUGGACAUACGAUCCGACGCGGUGACGGGGCAAAACCGCAUUCCUCCGGUUCGCGGUGUAAUAUCGACGGCCGACAAUAUCGAAUUUACGUGUCAGAUUUCGUACUUUAUAUUGUUAUAAUAUUAUUAUGUGACGACGUGAUAGACCGGUCGAGAUAGCGUUUAUUCGAGACCGCGUGUCCGGACGUCCAUACCGAUUUCGGGUAUUGGACGUCGCGCGACAAUAUUAUUUUAUUCUAUUAUAUCGACGGGAAAAAUUCUUAAGAGGAGACUAUAGAUCAACUGAAAAUGGAAGGACGUUGCCGAGAACUAACUGAACCUAACUGAACUUUCGGGAGACGAAACUUCCAACACACACACACACUCACACGCACAUAUACACACAUAUUUUGUUCGUAAAAAUGUUCUAUUAAACCCGAAAACCCUAAGUAAAAACAUAAAGUAAAACAGAGUAUGCAGCAAUCUAAUAUAGGUAGAUUUUCAAUAGAAACAAUUCGAGUUUUAGAUUCUGAGUGGAUCGAAGAAGCUUAUGGAUGUUUUUUUUUUUCUGUCGACAACUAUUCUACCAGAAAUCUUGCUCCGAUUUACAAGUGUAGCACUGUUUCUGGAAGGAAAAUCUAAUUGAGGAGAUACUUUUGAGAAGUCAUUUUUUGAUUUUCCCGAUAAAUUAGUAAAACUGAGAAAAACAGAGGAAAAACGGGAAAAUGUACGAAAUGUAUAAAUAAAUAUUAAUUAAUUAACUAAUAAAUAUUUCGGCCUAUUUUUUUCCUGCGAACAACUUUUUUGCCAGCGAUUUCUUCCCGAUUAACAAUGAUAGCACUUUUUCUAAAAGAAAAUCCGAAUGGGGAGGUUCUUUUAGAAAGUAAUUUUUGAAUUUUUUUAGAGGUUUUCCCAAUAAAUGGGAAAACCGGGAAAAACGUAGGAAAAACGGGAAAAUAGGUACAAUAUUAAAAAUAUAUUAUUAAAGAACAUAUAUAAUGCAUAAGUAAUUGAUAAUUAUUUUAACAUAAUAUGACAUGUAUAUUGUUGACACAGCAACACUAUCAACUGAACUCCGCUCAGAAUCGUUUAUUCGUUGGCAAUGGUUUAUCGUUGCUUAUAGAUAGGUAUAUACAUUAAAUUUUCCCUCUAAUAGCUUUCCAACUUCUCACCUACAACAGUGGAGUGCUGAGUCGCCCAGCUUUAUUUAAAAUUUCAUUAAAAACUUCAGAGUGUGAUGACAGCGACAUCCUCCUGGAUAUCGAAUUAAAUGGUACUGAUAAUAAUUUUACUCCGUCCUUCUAUACUCCAGCGAUAUUAAUUCUCGUGUACCCGGAGUACGACGAGACGCAACACGACAGCGCGCUCGCACACCACUGUUAUAUCAUAAUAUUGUAAGCGACACACACGAUUUCAGACGGUAGACAUCCUCCCUGUUUAGUCAAGGGUAUCAUCCCUGUUUAAAGGAUACUUUUGGGUGGUCCGUUCCCGUUACUGUAGGUACAAUACAAUAUCAUUACUUCCGUAACGCUGACCAUUAUUAUAACAUUACAUUAUAUUGUGUACGAGCAUUAAAAUAUAAUAAUAUUGUAUGCAGGGAGAUUCUUUUAUCGCGAACUGGCCAACGUUUAGAGUAUAUAGGUACCAGCCUAUUAUCUAUAAAUGUGCAUGUAUUAUACAGGGUUUGCAGAUUUUCCAUGUUACAGUCAAAUGUUGCGUGAAAUACUUAUUUUUUCAAUGAUGUUAUUGUCCUUAUUUUGUUUCGAUUUUUUUCGUAGAUGAAACCAUUUUUGAUUUUCAAUCGGCAACCUAUUUUUAAAAUUGCAUAACAGUCCAACAAUUUCCAUUAACCCGUUGACGAGAUAUUCCACUUUUAAAAGUGGAAUAGUAGAGUACUGAUCAAACGUCGCACACCGUGCCGCUACACAAAUUAUGCUCCACUUACUCUCCUCUUACAAAAAUUUAAAAGUUAAAAAUAUCAACACCAAAAUGUAUAUUUAAACUGAUAUUUCAUCUACUUAUGGGACUCGUAAUAUAUAGAUUCAUAUUUGAAAAUCCAAAGUGAAUAGUGGUCCACUCUCAAAAAUAAGGAUGAAAAAAUAAGAAAAAUGUAAUACGUUAUAAUAUUAUCUGAUUCCAAAAGGUUUUUACCCCGAGUCGUUUUUCAGUAUUUCAUAGAAUCUUUGGCUGCAACAUGAAAUUCAUGCGAAACCCUGUUAAUUUUGUUUAUUAUUUUUUAUUAAUCCAGACACAACAUUAAUGUAUUAUAUCAUCUUCUCAUUCUCGUGUCCGUCGCAGGAAAAAUUAGUCGUGGAAAAACAGUUAGAUCGAUUAGAAGAGUUGGCUGGUGGUCAACACCGCCGUUCCAGGGGCGCUCGAUUGUUGUUUGUAAAAUAAUAAUACACGCGGUUUGUGAAUGCACUGUUUUUGGCCCCAACAUUACAUUGUUACAGAAUAGUUUCAUGUCGUAGUAAAUACAAUAUUUUCAAAAUCGUAUUUAUAGAUAUUAUAUCGAAAAAACACGUCGACAAACCCGAAUAGCUAUAACGCGCAGGGAGAAAAGAUAAAUUUUGGACCGCCGUCAUUUGGGAUAGGAAGACGUGGUGUACAGUGCCGAUAAAGACGUGGUAUAUUUAAAUGGACGGUCAGACUAGAAAUUAUGAACAUAAGUUUAAGCAUAACGAGGAACAUCCGGAUCGGAAUAUUACGCGUUUAUUAUAGACAGUGGCGUGUGAAACAUUUUUUUUUUUUUAAAUUUGUGCGUAGGCCCGGCAAAUGUCCAUACCAUUACCAUCGCCAGUACCACCCGUCCUGUGAAAAAUAAAUCGUGAUUAUUAAUUAUUACUUCUGACCCACUGUUCUACGGUUGCUGUGGUUCAAUCAAAUCCAGGAGAGAAAAAAAAAAAACGUUUUCGCCUCGACGCUAUAUUGAUACACUUAUGCGUUUCGAGAUGACGAUGGGAAAAAAAAAAAAAAAAAAAAAAUAUUACGAGUUUUUUUUUUUUUUUUUCUAGGUCGUUGAACAAACAUUAUAUUUUAUAUUUUUUGUCACAGACGACGCGGUUUAUCGUUUACAAUAUUAUUGACGCGGUGCAGCGCGCGGUCGCGCGUUCGAUAACAAAGUGAUACAGUUUCGCCGAUUUCGCGGAUUCGACACGGCACCGUCGCCGGGCGUUUCGUGUGUGCCUACCUAUGUUAUUAUAAUAACACACGCGGACACGGCACGCAGUCGUGUGGCAAACGCGUAUCAAAUCGUCGUGUACAUAUGUAUCAUCAUCGUCAUUAUUAUUGUCACUAUACCCGUGUGCGUAGAAAGGGUUUUAUUACGUGUACCGGUGGCGGGCGAACGCCCAAUGUCCAAACCCUUUUUUUUUUGUUAUUAUUAUUCGUGUCCAUUGUUGUUCACGCGUCCUUUUUUUUUUUUUUUUCCUACUUCGUCCCGGUAUGUAAUAAUUCACGUGUACGCGAUGCGCUUAUUACACUACACAUUAUAUUAUUUAUAUUAUAUUAUAUACGUAUGUUGACGAACCGUUUGUCGGAGGCGCGAGUCUGCAUUAUAUAGGUGUAUCGUAUACGUUAUUACACGGGGUCGUGACUAAAACCGCAUUGCCGACGAUCGAUCGACGCGCUAUCGUAAAUCGUAUUCGUUGCACGGUACACCCGAGAUACGGGAUAAUGGCGCGAGCCGCGAUAAAAAUUAUCGCGUUCGAUAUAAAAUACACCCUGAACAACGUGCAUGUACGGUUGUACAUAAUUUAGGUUUGCGUACGAACGUACAACUGGUUCGUGCACGGUGACGUGCGAAAAGGGGGGAGGGGGUGUACUACCCCUUAAUGUGACAUCCGCCCUCCGUCGGCUUAAAAACACAACAACUAUUGUGGGUGUUUAUUUAGAAGAAUUGCAUCUUAUUGAAGUCGUACAGUUUAGCCAAAUCACGAGGGAAAAAACUUGAUAAGUUGAAUAGAAAUCAAUUCUAUCGGAUCCGGUUUUUAAAUUCUCAUCGUCCAGAUAAGUUUGACAGAAGUUGUUUUUUACGGUUUGUUCACGAACAAUGAUUAUUAUUAACCGCAUGCCCUCCCGUUGAACAUUCCCGGACUCGCGCACACAGACUUGUAGGUACAUAUAACAAUGGACAAUAUCUUUUUAAUUUCUACACUCUUUUAGAAAACAUUUGAAAGAUCCGCGUUACGAUGUGAUCACACUGUUAUAACCAAUAUCCGAUAAACCGUUGAGGUGGGAGAUAUAUAUUUUUUAAAUUUAUUUUAAUGCGUACAAUCUAUAAAAACCGUUGUAUUAUAGGAAUGUUUGAGGUUUUAUAUUACAUUCUAGGGCGAUAUUCAAUUUGUAGAUUGUGCCAUAACGUAUUAUCACGCAUAAACACCUUAAAAAGAGUUCGAUUUUCGAAAUAUUUUUUUGAAAGAAUGUUCGAUUUUCCCUAAAAUCGAAAUCGAAAUCGAAUAACCGUUUGGGCGGUUCGGACGGGUAAUCUUUCGGAUGGGAAAACGUACGGGCACGUUCAGGUUUUUCUACACCGACGGAAUUGUCCCGCUAAACGGGCGUGAAAAACCCGUGCGGGCCGUGAGUGAGAACACGGAUCCGCCGAAGAACGAUCAAGGACGGCGACGUGUUUUCAGCUCCCCGACGACCCCCGCCCCCCCACCCCCACCGCGCCGCAACCGACCGAAUACGUCGCCGGCCGCGCCUGCGUACCGCGCACGGGCGCCCGCGGGGCGUCGCGCAGCACUCUCGAGGCGCGUUUUUCUCCGAUUUCCGGCAGGACGGUCGGCGGGCGGUUCGUCGUGCGCGACAAAACGGCCGUUCGCGUCCGCGCGACAGCGGACGGCGUCACACGGUCGCCGCUCGUUUUACCGGGAUCGGUCCCGGGAAAAGGGUUUUAAGCGUUCGCGGACCGCGCGUCCCGUGCGCCGUGCGGACGUUACCGCUUCGUACACGCAGUGCGCCCACCCCGUACGCAACGCGUCCCGCUCGCGUUAUACCGACGGACGUCGCGCAACGUCGGUGUUUGUUUAUGUGUUCGGCCGGGUAUCUCUGCACGGUGCGUUGCGCGCCCCGCGGCUCUCCGACCGAAAUAUUACGACCCGCGGGAUGUUGCGUGCGGCGUAAACACCGCGCUGGUCGGCACGCACCCGUGGGCAGACGGCGGCGUAAUAUUUCAUACGUAACACAAACGAAAUUGUUCGUUACGCGUAAAUCGGAUCCCGCGGAGGUGCGCGGACGGUACGCGCGUGCGCAUCCGCGCAGGUAGUGUUAUAAUGCACGGGGAUUAUUUUUGGAACUCGACGUGAUUUAUGUACACGCGUUCGUUUUUCCUCCCAUCGCGAUGCCCGUGAAAUACCCAGCCAUUCGCGCGGAGAACUGUUUCCGUUUAUUUGUACACCGUACAACGGCACCGUGUAAAACAGGUACCCGCCGACGAGAACCGACUCGCACGAUACGGGCGCACCGCUGACGUCCCGGUGUUUCGUACGCGCGCGCGGCGGCGUCGGCCAUUGUGUUGCGACACGGCCGUUCGUAAGUGGCGGCGCAGUGGCGAACGUCCACUGUCCGCCGUCGAGUGUACACGCCGUGUAAAAUAUAAGCCGAACAAUCGCAUUCGUGCAUCUCGAAAACAUCCCGAGUAAAUUCAGUAUCGUUUUAAUUUAUCACUCGGCACUAAAACCGGACUGCUGAGACGUUACGUGUUUGCGACUGUCUCAUUGUGAUACGAAGCUGAAAUAUUUGAACUUGCAGCGUUUCCUUAUUUUUUUUUUUUUUUUUUUUAUGCCGUGUUACAAUCAGUUCAAAUACGAAUUUUUUUUCUUUUAUAGCGUUAGUUUUAAUAUAAAUUGCUUUUUACCAGUAUUUCCAUGCCUUUUUCCAUAUUUUAUACUUUGUGUUCACAUCAGCUCCUGACGGAAACCCAAGUUUAUUCUCCCGCGAUUUUUAAAUAAUUUCGCAUUAGUAUUUGUUUGGUAGUGUAGUUUUAAAAAACUUCAAGAAUUCUAAUAUGCAAUUUGAAAGGGCACCUAUUUUAUUUUUUUGUUUAUUGUCGUACUUUUUUUUUUUUUUGCUUUUCAAAAUAUUUAAUGAUUUAUUUCAUUGCCAAGAGGGUGGAUUAAACUUUUUUGUCGAUUUUAAGUGUUCUAAGUCUAGAACUUUAAUUAUACGUAUGUAUGUUGCUCUCCUCCCACUUCUUUGGCACACUUUUAGCUGCUCUUUCUGGACUAAAUGAGCUCAAACUCGGGCACCAAGUUAUUUUGUAUAGGCGGAUUGAAUUUAAAAAGAUGUCCAUGUCACCCAAUGACCUAUGAACACAUUUAUGUUUAGUUACCUAUACCUAUAAUUAUAAUAAUGUUUUAUCGAUUCUUUUACAGGUGCACAUUUUGUCGCCGUUUAUAAUGAACGGAGUGUGCGUGCAGUGGAAAGGUCGUAUUAAUUUAGAAAAGUUGGACGGCAUCGGGUGUUUGGAAUUUGACGAAGAACGAGCGAUGGUACGUCAUUAUCGGUUAUAAUAAUAAUAAUAUAAUUUUUUUUAAAACACACAGAGGAUCUUCCCAUCUCAGUUCUUGCAGUGGCGUAGCUAGAAAAAUGUAUUAUUAUUAUUAUUUUUUUUUUUUUGUUUGGCGUGGGAUAAUUUUGCAAUUCCAUCAUUCACUCGGACGUCGACUGUCCAUUAAUUACUGAAACGUUAAAAUAUUGAAAAAUCUUGUUUUAUACGGUACGGUAAACCACAUUUAAUUACCUAAUUCAAAUUGUGUCUGAUAAAUAUUUAUACUUUUAUAUACAUUUAAAACGUACUUUUCGAGGGCCCCCCCCCUCUUUCCCGCCGAAAGAGGACAUAACCUCCUGUUUUUUUUUCUGGCUACACCACAUCCUGCAGGCGUACGAGUUCAACGGAAAUGGCCUAGAAACCUACUUCCGUGGAUUUUUUUUUUUUUUUCGAAAAUACAAAUGUCUAUUAAAUUUCUAUAUUAUAAUCAGGCGGGCGGGCAGUUAGUUAUUGCCAACUGGCUGGCUAUCAUAAACGUGUGUUAAACACAUACUAAAUAUUUUUAUUUUUAUUUUUAUUAACGAUGCGUAAAAACGAAUCGUUUAUUUAUUGUUGUUUUAUCGGUCGUUGGUGUUAUUGUGUAGAUCGAACAUCAGAUAUUGCAAGAACAAAUCGAAAGGUAUAACAACCGCAUCAAAGACCACCAGGAUAAACCGCGAGCGUACAGACAUCAUCAAGAACGCGUUAACAUCCCCGAAAUGGACGUCAACAAGAGAUUCAAUAAUAAUUUUUAACCCGUUGUUUAUUUCUUUAUUUAUUUAUUCCUUUUUGUUUUCUUCCUUUGUUUUAUUAUUAUUAUUAUUAUUAUUAUUACUUAUUAUUAUUAUUGUCUUUAAAUUAGGUACUGUAUUCGUUGGCAUUGUAGCAUAUAACUAUUACCGAGAAAUAAUUAUUCUAGACUUUUAGAGCCGUGCAGUACGAAAUACACGCACUUAUACCUAUCCAAAUUUAAUUUUGUAGUUACACGCGAUUUCGUGGUUUUAUUUGUUUGUCAAUAAAAUGAACGUAGUGUGAAAUACAAAAUGAUUAUUAAUUUAUUCG